AUGGGAGUGGGUGCCUCCAAGGUCAAGCGCUUUGAGGCUUAUGGUGUGGUUUUGUGGAGCACUGGGUAUAAAACCCCCAAAGUGGCUAUGCUACCGUGUAAAACUCUUUGCACCCAGGUGGUUUGUGGCCAAGCAGUGAUCAGUGUCUUUAUUUACUGUCUUAGAAUUCUACAUAUUUAUGCAGCUAAAGGUAUGAGGGCGUAUACAUUGGCAGCUGCAGAGCGCAUGAAAUUGCUGCGAAGACUUGAUGCCAAGGAGCACAGAGGAAAGACCCCUCUACUGGUGGCUGUCACUGCCAGGCAGCCAGCUAUUGUCUAUGAUUUGAUCCAGACAGGAGCAGAUGUCAAUGCUGUAGACAACAAAGGGCAGUCAGCUUUACAUCUUGCUGCAACAUAUGGGUAUGCCCAAGUUCUUCAGGUUAUACUGUCACAAGGUUUCCCUCUUGACCUAGAAAUGAAGGAUUUUGAAGGCCAUACCCCACUCCACUGUGCUGUUCUGGCACACAAUGCCCUGCUCCGGGAGCAGGGUUGCCAAACAUUGACGGAGGAGCAGCAGAAAGAUCUUCAGCACCAGAGCGAAGACCUGGAGUCCUGUAUUCACCUCCUGGUGCAGACAGGAGCCUCCAUCUACAGUCGGGAUGUGAAAAGCAACAAGACAGUUCUUCAUUAUACAGUCCAGGAUGGGAACAUCUCCCUCCUCAGAUACUUCUUGGAGCUGAAUGCUUUCAAGUCCAAGGACUUUGUCAACAACAAGGCACAUGGCAACACAGCUUUGCAUAUGGCAGCUGCAUUGCCUCAUGACAAGAACCAGAAAGAAAUUGUCCAGUUGCUCCUUGACCACGGUGCAGACCCGAGCAUCCGAAACUUAGACAAUGAUCAGCCAAUCCAUAUGGCUCCGUCUGGAAAAGCUGGAGAUCAGGUUAGGCAUUUGCUGAAGAAAGGGAAAGUUGCAUCUACGUUCAUUUCCUGUCACCAAAAUGCCAGAUCCUAG